UUCUCGCUAAAUCUAGCGUUUUUCAAAUCUCAUCUAACUGGUAAUUUUUUAAAAUGCGGAUAGCGGUAAUUCUGACUUUAUGAAAUAUUUUUCUAGCUUUUUUCUGGCGGUUUUUAAAGAAAUAUAGUUUAUAUGGUAUUUUGAGAUUUGAAUGGUUUUUCGCUUAUGCGGGGUCUACAAUGCGAGUCGCUGAGUUGUAGUCGUAAGAAUAAUCGACUGCGAUUGGUCAAUUCCGUCAGAUACAUAAGAAUUGGCCAAUGAUAGUCGGUUAUUUUUACGACUACGACUCUGCGACUCGCAUUGUAAACCCCGCAUUACCGCGCGACGAGAAGCGACGCUGUGAGAACAAAUGAAUAUCUUAAAUGAAUAACGCUAUCGCGUCUCUUUUUGCCGUGCGGCAAUCGUUUCCGUGCGUCCUAUGUGCAGAAACCGUAACCUAUGCCUGUGCAGUCAAGUCUGUAUAAAAAAACUGGAAGAUACAAGUUCGGUUGUCGACACGUUAAACACUCCAAAAAGUGUACAGGAAAAUCUCAGCUCUUUUAGCGUUUUCGAUUUGCUGACUCGACCCGACUCCGAGUCAGAAAAGUUUGAUCAAAAGUAAGAUUUUUGCAGAAAUUGUGGUUCAAAUCUUGCUAUUGAUCAAAAUUUUUUUACUCUAGGUCGAGUCGAGUCAGAAAAUCGAAAACGCUAUUUGUUUACAAAAGCCAUUACAGUUCUGUGAUUUAAUUACGUUUAUCCGUGCUGUACUCGUAGAAAAUGGGAAAACCAGUGUAUCAGCAGAAAUUCCGAUUAGAAUGGAAGUCUAACCCUCAGUUAAAAGAUUGGAUUCGUGAAGACAUGACGAAUAAAACUAAAGCUUACUGCAAAUAUUGCAAGUGCAAUAUACAAUGCAAAUUGAGUGAUUUGAUUUUGCAUGCUAAAACAAAAAAACAUAAAGUAGCAAGCAGAUCGCAGCUAGUGGAACGCAAAAUUCCAUUCAAACCCUUAUCUACCAAGACGCAAGAACAGGAGGCUGCUCUAGCCUUAUAUAUCAGCCAGCAUAGUGCAAUAGCGCCCGUUGAUCAUUUAAGUUCUUUGUGUAAAAGUAAAUUUGAUGAUAGCGUGACGUGCACUCAAAUGAUGUUGCACAGAACCAAAUGUACUAACAUAAUUAAAAAUAUAUUGGCAACCCAUUUUGUUGAGGAUUUGCGUAUUGAUAUUGGGGAUUCAAAGUUUAGUUUAUUGCUCGAUGAGUCAACGGAUAUUAGCGUCACAAAACUUCUUGGUAGUGUUAUCAUAUAUUUUAGCAAAAAACAGCAAAAAAUAAUUUCAACAUUUCUUUCAAUGGCAGAAUUAAAAAGUGGAAAUGCAGAGGACAUUGUAAAUUGCUUGAAAAAUGAGCUGAAAAAAUUUAAAUUAAAUAUUAAAAAUCUAAUUGGUAUAGGAACGGACAAUGCCAGUGUCAUGGUUGGCUGUAACAAAAGUGUGUAUACUGAACUGAGAAAAGAAGUACCUCAUCUUAUUCUUAUUCGAUGUGUCUGCCAUUCCGUGCAAUUGGCGACAAAUUAUGCUUGUAAAGAAUGCCUUCCCAGAAAUCUAGAGUUUUUAGUUCACGAAACAUAUAAUUGGUUCAGCAAGAGCUCUAGUCGCCAGUCCGCAUAUAAACAAUUAUAUGAAACAAUCAAUAAUGGCAUGGAACCAUUAAAAAUAACUAGAGUUUGCGAUACUCGUUGGCUAUCCAUUGAAGUUGCGGUUUCGCGUUUAUUAGAGCAAUGGCUCGAAUUAAAGACACAUUUUGGUAUUGUCAGAAAUUCUGAAAAAUGCUAUACGGCUGAAAACUUAUACCAAAUGUACAAUGACAAAAUUAAUUAUGUUUUUUUGCUAUUUCUUAAACCGAUUCUAUUGGAACUGCAAACAUUAAAUAAGAGUUUUCAGAGCAAUACUAGUGAUCCAACUAAGCUGUUAAGAGAUUUAGUGAUAGUUAUAAAUUCUUUAAAAAACAAAGUUAUUAACCCGACACAUAAUUUUGAUAUUGUAACGACGGAUUUUGAUAAUUAUAUCGAUAGAACGUGCUACUUAGGUUAUAGAUUUGAAAAUCAAAUAACUGAAUAUAAAAAAGAAAAUGUGAUAAGUGAAGAGACUGAAAGAAAUCUCCGGUUGAGAUGUGUAAAUUUUGUCGUUGUUCUCAUCAAACAACUUAAACAAAGAUUACCUGAUAAUUAUAACAUAUUACAGAAAAUUGACUUAUUUUCUGUAAAUAAGAUUUUACAUCCCAUAAAGGAAGAUAUAUCGCCCAUUUUAAGAAAUUUUGAAUCUAAUCCUGAUAUAGUGGGAAAAAUAAUUAAUGAAUAUCAUAAUAUAAAUUUUGUCAAAUGGAUUAAUAUAUCAAACACUACAUUAUUUUGGGCGGAAGUAAAUGCUUAUAGAGACGCAGGUGGUAAUAAUCCUUUUGGAAAUCUGGCCAAAUUUGUAUUAGAACUUCUUUCUUUGCCAUGGUCAAAUGCUGACGUGGAACGAACGUUCAGUCAUUUAAACUUGGUGAAAUCCAAAAUUAGAAAUCGCAUGCAAAUUUCAACACUUAAUGCGAUUUUAAAUAUAAGAUAUGGUCUAAGUCGACACAAUAAAUGCUGUCAUAAUUAUGAGAUACCGAAUUCAUAUAUUCGUUUAAUUGGAACAAAUGUUGCAUAUGUUAACUGUGAUAUCGAUAUGAUUAAUACUGAAGAUUCUCAAGAAGACUGGAUCGAUAUUAAUUAGAGUUACGCUUAAAAGAUAUUACAAAUAUCAAUAUAUAUAAAAAAUAAUAUAUGAUUAUAUGUAUAUUGUUAUAUGUAUACAUAUGUAUAUUUAGAAUACCACAUUAAACUAAUUCAAAUUUAGAAA